CGCCUAAUGAACAUAUCAUGAUAACCAAGCCGGAAGCGGAUAGGCCAUGGUGGGAGCGCUAUCAACCAAUCAGCUACUAGCUGAAGAGUAGAGGCGGGACUGAGCAGCAGCUGAAGGACAUGGUCGCCACCUGUAAUAAUGCGGGGGUUAGGAUAUUCGUGGACGGCGUGCUGAAUCACAUGGCUGGACUGAACAGACGAGGUACCGGGAUAGCCGGCAGCAGUUUUAACUCGGAUGAUUUCGACUUUCCAGGUGUCCCCUACAGCAAGUCCAACUUCCACUCAAGGUCCGAUUGUCCUUCUGGGGACGGCAAUGUGAACAAUUACGGGGACCCGAAGAACGUACGGAACUGUUACCUGGUGGGACUGACGGACCUGGAUCAGAGUCAGUCUUACGUCCGCCAGAAACAAGUCGCUUACCUCAACAGCCUGAUUGACAUCGGUGUAGCGGGGUUCAGGUUAGAUGCCUCUAAACAUAUGUGGCCAAACGACUUAGGCGCCAUCAUCCACGCCACAAAGGAUCUCAACAGCAAGUGGUUCAAACCGGGAGCCAGAGCCUUUUUCAUGCACGAAGUCAUUGACAGGAAUGACGGAGCGGUGAAAACACAGGACUAUGAGAAUCUGGGGAUUGUAACAGAGUUCCGAUACUCCCAGAAACUUGCCUGGGGCACAGGGAAUUUCGGCCAACUCAACGGCGUCGUCGACUACGGUUGGGGGAUGGAGAAGUCGGAUCGCGCGCUUGUGUUCGUAGAUAACCAUGACAACCAGCGUGGUCAUGGUGGUGGCGGGGAUGUCGUCACGUUUAAAGACCCUCGCAAGUACAAGUUCGCCGUUGCCUUCAUGUUGGCCAAUGACUAUGGGUUCACACGGGUGAUGAGCAGUUACAAUUUCAACGGCGACUCCGACGGUCCACCCCAUAACGCCGAUUACUCCGCCAAGGAUGUGACCAUCAACGCCGACGGGAGCUGUGGCAACGGCUGGGUCUGCGAGCAUCGCUGGAAACCAAUCGCCAACAUGGUGAAGUUCAGGAAUGCGGUGGCGGGAACCGGCAAAUCUCAUUGGAGGAAUGAAAACGACGAGGUCUCCUUUUCCAGGGGCGGGAAAGGUUUCUUCGCCAUGGCAAAGAAAGGCCACAUGGAUGUCACGUUAAAUACGGGGUUGCCACCCGGUGAAUACUGUGAUAUCAUCCAUGACUGUGCAACAAAGAUCAACGUGGACGGGAGCGGAAUGGCCCAUAUUGUUAUCAGCAACAAUGAUGAGCCUAUUGCGGCAUUCUACGUAGGUGGGCACGGUGGGGAUGGUCAUACCCAGGGUCCGGUCGUCACCCAGCCUCAUGUGACGUUACCCCCGGGCACCUCUGGGCCGGGCUUCACUGAAGGAUGGGAGAGAACGGUGAUCUUCAUCUACAAACCGACCAUGCCAGGCCAGGACAUGUUCGUGAGAGGCGGGCUAGAUCACACCAGACGACCUGGCUGCGUUAACGACGCCACGACGAGCAAAUGUGCCAUUCCCAUCAAACACAGACCGGAAGCCGGAACAGGAAGCUACGGUAAAUUCCACGCAUGGUUAAAAGGAGAUAACUAUUUGGAUUGGUAUGGUGCCGAAACUGGACAAGGUUCAUACAACGGGCAACGAGCCGAGGGAACCCCGGCGCUGUGGACAACCAACAAACCCAGUAACCCGUCAUACGACCCCUUAAAUAAGUACGGUGACCACUACUGGAUGGUGGACGUGGACAUGGACUGCUCACGGACCCUGGGCGGUUGGUUUGAAGUUAAAGCAGUGGUUAACGGUGGCUGGGAGGGUAGAUUAUCAACAGGAGCGGCGUCAUGCACCGGGACGGCUGGGGGAAGCGCACCGUUCACGUCUGCCAACCAUGCGGCACGCUGCGGCUUUAUUAACGUCUUGCACUUCGACAGCAACGCCUGUGAAAUCAACGAAUUCUGACCC